AGUCCACAUGCAGCGCAGGGAAGAGGGGCAGCAGUGAGGCGCUUUGAUAAAACCAGACUGUCGGCAGCGCGUGAAGCCACUGAGAGCUGCGCCACGGUGAGGCAGGGUACGGCACGGGAGCACAGAGGAGGACUGGACCGGGUGAAUGCAGUCCUCGGCACGGGACGCUGCUGCAGACACUUUCCCACUAUUUUCGGACAUAACGGGAGGCGCACAGUAACCACGCGGGGAAGAGGAAUUUGUCUACAAAAUUUCCGUCGUGAAGGAAAUCUUAAGAGGGGCCGAGAAGAGAAAGGGACACGUUACACCUCUGUCAGUAGCUGCCGAUAGCUAUCCGAGCUGACAAAGUCCUCGCUGCUCUAAAAGUCCUCACAGGGUAGGGAGCCACAAGGUAUCCUCCACCGGUGUUCUCGGGUACAGCUGAGUGAGAAGGAGCCGUCUAUCCGCCAUGGAGAACGCUCACACGAAGAGUGUGGAAGAAGUUUACAGUUAUUUCAGCGUCAAUGAAAGCACAGGACUUUCCCUGGACGAGGUGAAACGACAGCGGGAGAAAUGGGGCCUAAACGAGUUACCAGCGGAGGAAGGGAAAUCUUUAUGGGAGCUCGUCCUCGAACAGUUUGAAGAUUUGCUCGUUCGAAUUCUUCUGCUGGCUGCAUGCAUAUCUUUUGUCCUGGCCUGGUUUGAGGAGGGAGAGGAAACUAUCACCGCAUUUGUGGAGCCUUUUGUAAUUCUACUCAUUCUUAUAGCAAACGCUAUCGUCGGCGUGUGGCAGGAGCGCAAUGCUGAAGAUGCCAUCGAGGCGCUUAAAGAGUAUGAACCUGAGAUGGGGAAAGUGUACCGACAGGACAGGAAAACUGUGCAGAGGAUCAAGGCCAGAGACAUCGUGCCUGGUGACAUAGUGGAGGUUGCUGUUGGAGACAAGGUGCCCGCUGACAUCCGCAUCUGUUCAAUCAAAUCCACGACCCUCAGGGUAGACCAGUCCAUCCUGACUGGUGAAUCUGUCUCUGUCAUCAAACACACCGACCCCGUGCCUGACCCUCGCGCCGUCAAUCAAGACAAGAAGAACAUGCUCUUCUCUGGUACCAACAUUGCUGCAGGGAAGGCUGUGGGUGUGGUUGUUGCCUCUGGCGUUAACACAGAAAUUGGUAAGAUCCGUGACGAGAUGGCAGCCACGGAGCAGGAGAAGACGCCCUUGCAGCAGAAGUUGGAUGAAUUCGGCGAACAGCUAUCCAAGGUCAUUUCCAUUAUCUGCAUCGCCGUGUGGAUCAUCAACAUCGGACACUUCAAUGACCCCGUCCACGGAGGCUCCUGGAUCCGUGGAGCUGUCUACUAUUUCAAGAUCGCUGUGGCGCUGGCUGUGGCUGCCAUCCCUGAAGGUCUUCCCGCUGUCAUCACCACCUGCCUGGCCCUGGGCACUCGCCGCAUGGCCAAAAAGAACGCCAUCGUCCGCAGCCUGCCCUCUGUGGAGACUCUGGGCUGCACCUCUGUCAUCUGCUCUGACAAAACAGGAACCUUGACAACCAACCAGAUGUCUGUUUGCAGAAUGUUCAUUGUCAACAAAGCUGAAGGGGACAGCUGCUCUCUGUCAGAGUUCACCAUCACAGGUUCUACCUACGCCCCCGAGGGUGAAGUGUACCAGGAUGGUAAACCAGUGAAAUCCUCCCACUAUGAUGCUUUGGUUGAAUUGGCCACAAUCUGUGCCCUGUGCAAUGACUCCUCGCUGGACUUCAACGAGGUGAAGGGGGUGUACGAGAAGGUCGGCGAGGCCACGGAGACCGCGCUGACCUGUCUGGUGGAGAAGAUGAAUGUCUUCGACACUGAAGUUCACAACCUGUCAAAGAUUGACAGAGCCAAUGCUUGCAACUCAGUGAUCAAACAGCUGAUGAAGAAGGAGUUCACCCUGGAGUUCUCAAGAGACCGGAAGUCCAUGUCUGUCUACUGCAGCCCAAACAAGUCCCGCUCUACCAUGGGCAAAAUGUUUGUGAAGGGAGCCCCAGAGGGAGUCAUCGAGAGAUGCACUCAUGUCAGAGUUGGCAACAGCAAAGUUCCCCUCAGCCAAGGCAUCAAAGAAAAGAUCAUGUCUGUUAUCCGUGAGUACGGGACAGGUCGCGACACCCUGAGGUGCUUGGCUCUGGCCACACGAGACAGCCCACCAAAAAUGGAGGACAUGAUACUGUCUGACACUGCCAAAUUCAUCGAGUAUGAGUCUGACCUGACGUUUGUCGGCUGUGUCGGCAUGCUGGACCCUCCCAGACAGGAGGUAGCUGCUUCUAUCAAACUGUGCCGGCAGGCUGGCAUCCGCGUCAUCAUGAUCACCGGGGACAACAAGGGCACAGCUGUGGCUAUCUGCCGCCGCAUCGGCAUCCUGACCGAGGAGGACAAUACUGAGCACAUGGCUUUCACUGGACGGGAGUUUGAUGAGCUCACACUCGAUGCCCAGAGGGAGGCUGUGACUUGUGCGCGUUGCUUUGCGCGCGUCGAGCCUUCACAUAAAUCCAAGAUCGUUGAGUUCCUGCAAGGAUUCGAUGAAAUCACUGCUAUGACCGGUGACGGGGUGAACGAUGCCCCUGCGCUGAAGAAGGCAGAGAUCGGCAUCGCUAUGGGCUCUGGCACUGCCGUGGCCAAGUCAGCCUCUGAGAUGGUCCUCGCUGAUGACAACUUCUCUUCCAUAGUGGCCGCCGUUGAAGAAGGCAGAGCUAUUUACAAUAACAUGAAGCAGUUCAUCAGAUACCUUAUCUCUUCCAACGUGGGUGAGGUCGUCUGCAUCUUUCUCACUGCGGCUCUGGGGUUCCCUGAGGCCCUGAUUCCUGUCCAGCUGCUCUGGGUCAACCUGGUGACAGACGGCCUCCCUGCCACCGCCCUUGGCUUCAACCCCCCAGAUCUGGACAUUAUGGAGAAGCCUCCUCGCAAUGCUAAGGAGCCCCUGAUUUCUGGCUGGCUAUUCUUCAGAUAUCUGGCUAUUGGAGGCUACGUAGGUGCUGCCACUGUGGGAGCUGCUGCGUGGUGGUUUACAAUCUCUGAUGAUGGACCGCAGGUCACUCUGUACCAGCUGAGCCACUUCCUCCAGUGUGGCCCAGACAACCCAGAGUUUGAUGGCUUGGACUGCCACGUGUUUGAGUCACCCUACCCGAUGACCAUGGCCCUGUCCGUGCUUGUCACCAUUGAGAUGUGCAAUGCUCUGAACAGCCUGUCAGAGAACCAGUCCCUGCUGCGGAUGCCUCCCUGGGAGAACAUUUGGCUGCUAGGGGCCAUCUGUCUCUCCAUGUCUCUCCACUUCCUCAUCCUCUAUGUGGAACCUCUGCCUGUCAUCUUCCAGAUCACCCCUCUGGAUAUGACCCAGUGGUUGAUGGUGCUGAAGAUCUCGAUGCCCGUCAUUCUCCUGGACGAGCUGCUUAAGUUUAUGGCCAGGAACUACUUGGAAUUCGGUAAACAACUGGAGAAGCCGACAAGCAAAGGCUGCUCUCUGUCUGCAUGCGCCGAGGGAAUCUCCUGGCCCUUUGUGGCCAUCUCCCUGCCCCUGGUGCUGUGGAUCUACAGCACCGACACUAACGUGUCUGCCAUCUUGUGGCCCUGACUGACUCCAGUACACUACCCUCCUUGUGCACCAGUGUGAAGUGGACAUUAACGCACACAUCUAACACAGUUACAUUAACUCGGAACAAAUUACAGCAACAGCAUUUACACCUUCUCCAACCGCUGUCAGAACGCCUCUGUUAAGUACAUUUAGACUUGCACAUAUUUUUGGGUGGCCGGUGCUCGAGUAAUAUUUUACCGACAUGAUUUAUGUUCCAUGUUACCAUUGUGCUUUUCUCUGUUUUGACCCCCUUUGAGAAUAGCUAGAGAAGCCCACUGCGUUGGAGCGACAUGUUGAGCUGUACAGAGAGAAUUUAUUUACUAUUCUGUAAUAAUUAAUAUUUUAUAAUUUGGGGAAUGGAGAUUUCUGAGGACUGCGUAGUUUAGUUCAAUACUAAUUUAGGGGCAAAGACUUUCAGCAGAAUACAUUUGCCCAAGCAUGAAUCACAUUUUGCAUCGUACUCAUUCAUUAUUUUCUGCAGUAGGCAGAGCACAGCUACCUCAGUGCUGCUGAUUUGACCAUAAUGACCCAUUUGUCCAAGCUGUCAUUUCAUAUGUGAUCAUUUGAAGUGUUGAGGUAAGCACCAGUAGAGUCAAAAUCUUCACAUGUAUUUUAAUGUGCAUAUAUAUAUAUAUGGAGAGAGAGAUAUAUCGAUAUAUCGAUCU